UUGAGAGAUUGGAGAAAAUGGAGACAGAGGCAAAAAGCGACACCGAUAACGGAAGUACAAUCACAGUCAACAUUAAGUUUAACGGCCGAUCGAUACCUGUUGAAAUCUCAUCCGAGUCAACCGUCAAAGACCUGAAAUCACUGCUUCAACCACUCACAAAUGUGCUCUCUCGUGGCCAAAAACUCAUCUUCAAAGGGAAAGUUUUGGUGGAUGAAAUGACAUUGGAGUCGUCGAAAGUUAGAAAUGGUGCGAAGAUCAUGCUUAUGGCUUCCCAAGGGGGUACCUCUGUCUCUUGUGAAGCCAUUGCCCGAGUAAGAGAAGAGGUCGAUAAGCUCUCACCCAGGGUUGUGGCAAUAGAGGAAGCUUUGCAGAGAGGUACUACAGUUGAGGACAGAGAAUUUGUUAUCCUCACAGAGUUGUUCAUGGUUCAGCUUCUUAAACUAGAUAGUAUUGAAGCAGAAGAAGGAGAAGCAAGAACUCAAAGGAAGAAGGAGGUUCAUCGCAUUCAGAGUUUUGUUGAUAUGCUUGACGAUUUUAAAUCAAGAAACUCUUAAUGCAGUGCAGACACUUGCAAAAUAUGACUGUUUACUAGAAGAGUACAAUUCAAUGACACUUUUUGCUCAAACACCCGCCUUUGCAGUGCCGGCAUACUUAGCUGAUCAGAUUGGCACUACUCGUGUCGUCACACCAACAUCAGUGCAUGUCUUGAAGAGUACUGUUUUGUAGGAUCAGGUCCCACACAUACUCCUUAUUGUAAUGGCUCAUCGAGCCAAACCCCCUCCUCUACAUGUUGUAGUUAGUCAUGAAUGUAAAUGGAUCCUUGUACGUGUAUUUUGCAAAGCUAAUACAUAUAAAUAGUACUUUUCCUUUGGGCCAA